GAGAACCAAACAUAGGAAUGUGCCACGUAAUUUCGAUACUCAAGAUCCUAUUAGGUUCGAUGGGCAUCCUGAUAGACUUACCGUUUUCAAACAAACGGGACAUACUUUUGGGAAAAUGUCUACGAGAUACCUUGAUAGCAAAGAGUAUCAUGCUGCUCACACAUAUGUCCUAUUGAAUUGUAUAGAAGUUACCCAGACAUAUCUCGAGUUGUUUGUCGAAUCAUUGCGCAUAUUGGGAAUGUCCGAGGGUUAAAUUGAUAGUAAGAUGGAAACUGAAUUUACGAGAUGGUUCGAAUCAUACGUGGCGAACCCUGUUAAUAAUGUGACGAAUCAGUUUCUUAUUAGUCUUUCUAAAGGGCCCUUAACAAUGAUAUCAACAUAUCCCGGCUAUUUUGUUAAUGGAUUCAAAUUUCAUACGCUUUCACAUGGUACAUCUCGAGCCACUAUGAAUAGUGGAGUGUGCAUUAGGGGUGCAUAUAAUAAUUGUGAGCUUGAUUAUUAUGGUCGUUUGGUAGAGGUGUGCGAGCUUGAGUAUCAAGGUCUGCCAAAGAAGACAACCACAUUAUUCAAGUGUGAUUGGUUUGAUCCGGGACGGAAUGGGACAUUGGUGCAUCCCCAAUACAAGUUGGUGUCUAUAAAUCACACCAAAAAGUAUGGAAAGUACGAACCUUUUGUGCUAGCAGAUCAAGCAAUUCAAGUAUACUAUUGUACUUAUCCAAGUAAAACUCAAUCUAAAAAAGAUUGGUGGGAGGUGUGUAAGAUAAAAGCGAGAUCUAAAGUUGAAGUACCAACUGAAGCAUCUACUGUGGAGGUCGACCAACCCUUUCAGGAUGAAUUUAUGAGCUCAAUACACACAAUUAUAGAUGAUGCACCCAACAUAGUUCAUCCUAGUGGCGAGUUGAUAGAUAUGGAUGAUGAAGAGGAAGAAGAGGAAGAUACACCGAUUAGUGAAGAAGAAGAUAAUGAUGAUGGUUAUAGAGAUGAUGAUGACUAUUAGAAUGGUGGGAGGAGUUUCUAGUGCGAGAGGUUUACGUGGGAGAGGAGGAGGUUCUAGUGGUAGCGGUGCUCCAUCAUCCUCAAACCCUACAUCAUCCACAGGAUCAGAUGGAGGGAUUGCUGCAUCUGUACGAGAUAUACAGCUGACUCAUUCACCUCCAUCUUCGGAUUCGGUUCCUACUGCGGCAUCAGAGGCUCCCACCACUGGACGUACUACACUCGUCAUACGACAUGGCCAAUUACAUCCCUUGGGGAUGGUUCCAGGCACAGUCACUAAGAUUUUCAAGCAAGUUAAAAAUCCAGAAGGUUUCAAUUGGAAACUCACUCCACCUGCAAUCAAGACAUCGUACUUUGAGGAAUUUAAGGUACGAAUAUAA